GGACGGGAGAGAGUAACGUCAUCAGCAUGCGACGUGGAAACGCUGUUUAUAUUUACCUCACCGUCCCCCACGAAGAGACCCCAGAGACGAUUAAUACUUUUUUGCAAUACAUCGAUAUAUUUCAGUGUUUUCUAACAGUUAACGCUCUACUGAUUCGAAUGAAUUCACCAUGAGCGGAGGCUUAGCACCAAGCAAAAGCACUGUUUAUGUGUCGAAUUUGCCAUUCUCUCUCACCAAUAACGAUCUCCACAAGCUGUUUACCAAAUAUGGAAAAGUGGUUAAGGUGACAAUUGUGAAGGAUAAAGACACCCACAAAAGCAAAGGAGUGGCAUUUGUUCUAUUCCUGGACAGAGAGUCGGCUCAUAACUGUGCAAGAGCAGUGAACAACAAGCAGUUGUUUGGCAGAACCGUCAAAGCCAGUAUUGCAAUCGACAACGGACGAGCGACCGAGUUUAUCAGGAGGCGCAACUACACGGACAAGAGCAGGUGUUACGAAUGCGGGGAUAUUGGACAUAUGAGCUAUGCAUGCCCCAAAAAUAUGCUGGGGGAGAGAGAGCCACCAAAGAAGAAGGAAAAGAAAAACAAGAAAAAAAAUCAGCAAACAGAACAUCUGGAAGAAGAAGAAGAAGAGCUGGAAAGUGAAGAAGGAGAGGAUCCGGCCCUCGAUAGUCUUAGUCAAGCUAUAGCUUUUCAGCAAGCACGUAUCGACGAAGAGGAGAAGCAAAGAAAAAAUGUAGUCUUGCCCCAGGAUGAUAGCGGGGACCCUUCGACAUCCGCAGACUCUAGAAAGCUACGGAUCAAAAAGAGCGCAUACUUUAGUGAUGAGGAAGAGCUGAGUGACUAACGGUCACUGUUGGGUUACAAUUAUUAUUAUUUUUUUAUAAUGUAUUCUUUUAAAAUAGAGUACAUAUGGAAUAUUAUUCUGUAUCCAUCCAUUUUGUAAACUGUAAACAAAACUUUGUUCAAGUGAAUUAAGAUCAUCAGAAAAUGAAACAAACGUUAACAGUGUCAAAGUAAAUUUUUCUAAUUUACCUGUGGAAUGUUUUCUCACAUCCACGAAUCGCAGUUGCCGCGGUUGUUUUGGGAGUAUGAAGAUGGCGGAUGGCGACUUCAUCUUUGGUGGCUAAUGAGCCAUGCAGUCUUUUUCUUUUUUUUUAUUUUAGAUUGAUGCUUGGACCUGAUCACCUCUAGUCAAGCUCAGUAUUUGGCAACAUUGUACAUACUCUUAAGUUGAAUUUGUUAUAAUUAAAUUGUUUUUUGGGUG